CGGCGACGCCUCGGGCGCCUUCGACAAGGUCAAGGGUUUCGCCGCCGAGCGCGCCCGCUUCCACUCGUACUUCAACGCGGGCGUGAUGAUGCUGUCGCCGUCCGAGGCCACCUACCAGGACCUGCUCGCCGAGGGCAGCAAGGAGCACAAGAACAAGUUUGGCAACGUGAUCGACUGCACCGAGCAGGCCCUCCUCAACUCGUACUACGACGGUUCCACGCCCGAGCGUGGCGUCACCAAGCUCGCCAUCGGCCGCGCCGACGUGGCCAACGACUGGCAGGCUGCCGGCGCGCCCUUCGCGGUGCACUGGAUCACGCACUCGUGCCCCAAGCCGUGGGUGGUGGCCGACGGCGAGGUGGCGGUGCCGUCCGACUGCGACGCGGUGGUGUACGCCUACUGGAAGCGCGUGUGGGACCGCCUGACCUCCUCGGCCACCGACGAGUCCUCCAAGGGCAGCUUUGGCAGCCGGAACGGCGCGCGCCGCAUGCUGCGCCGCCUCUCGGGCGUCAGCGCGGGCCACUCGAUGGCGCACAAGCCGACGCUCUCGGAGCUCGCCUCGGACGUGCACACGAGCAUCGGCCGCCAGCUCCGAGAGGUGAUGGCCUCGAGCCGCCACGGCCACUCGCGCAUGCUCCGCCGCCGCCGCUGGAAGCGCGACGCUGAGUACGACUCGGGCUGGGGCGAGAACACGAUCGCGUGGAUCGCGAUCAUCGGCACGCUUCUGCUGGGCCUCGGCGCGGGCGCGCUCCUGCACAAGCUCUUCAUCAAGGCGCCGGUCGCCGUCUCGAAGAACAUGACCGUCGUCCAGGCCAAGCGGAUGGGCUUCCAGGCGCUGGGCGAGGGCAAGGGGCCCGUCGGCGUCGUGAGCGCGGUGGACGACGACGACGAGGAGGAGGAGGAGGAGGAGGAGCCGGUCAAGAAGUAGGGGGGGCGCGCCCUAGGGUUGCCCGCACCCGGCGGCCCGGCCAAAAGACGCGCCGGGCGGUGCGGGCUUUUGACAGGCUUUUGAUUUGAGACCAUAUGGAGAUGGCUAGUGGCGCGCGGCUGGGUUGUUGGGGACGGUCCUCGCCGCGGGUGUCCCAGUGUGUGUGCCGCCGGCGCUCGUAUGCCUCGACGGCUCGGGGAGGGGAGGCGCGGGUGCCGGGGCUGGGGUAGGGAGGGGGGCAGCGGUCUCCUGAGCCACACUGUCUCGUCGUCAGAGAGCGGGGGGCGCGCGAGCGCGCGGCCCCUCGGACUCGCAGUGAUUGUUUCCGGGUGUUCUUGUUUCUUUGGUAUACAACAUUACAUCCCUCCCC